CUCACACAUUUUUGUUUAAUCGAUACAUAUAUACUUAUAUCUGUUUCUACAGUAACCGAAUAGUCAUGGCUGACUUUCAGCAGUGAGUUUAGACGUGUAGCAUUAAUUAUACAAGAUUGUCUAGCAAAAUUUAAAUAUUAUAUCAAGUUAAUCUGAUAAAAAGAUGGUCGACGUGCCGUGCUCUUGCAGUGACACAAAACUUCAGGAUUAUCAAAACGAGAAAUCGUCCGCGCUUGGUCCACGCACUGACGAGAUUUACCGAACCUCCAAUCUUCCAUCAAGAUUUAUAUAUCCAAGCAUUUUUAAAGGUUACGGUCAGGACAAUCCCCCUCAUCCCUGCUACACGAAAACUUCCAUGGAUUAUGGCUGGUACGCACCGACAAUUCAUACAGUGCCGACGAUUUAUUAUCCCCGAAACAAUUCUUUUAGUACUGAGCACGGCCGCGCGGGAAUGUACAGAAAUUGUUCUCUCAACACAGAACUUGACAAGUCGUUGUUUUAAAUUUUAUCGCAUUUUAUAACUCGUUUAAUCUGCUUUUAAUAUGAUUAUAAUAAUAGGAUGUUUAAUGUGCAAUUGAAGUAUCAAUAUUUUCCGAUACUUCAGAUACAAAUCAACACUUUAUACAAUAUUUUGAUUUUUAUAGAAAUUAUUAAUUUACAUCUGUAAUCACUUUUUAGAUGUAUUUCGGAAUAAAGAUUGAAGACGGUGAUAAAAGUUAAAAUUUAUCUCCAAGUGUAGAUUUAAUCAUCUAACGCGUUAAAAUGGUUUUUUACCUUACGAGAGGUCUGACAGUAAAAUUCUCAAACCUAUUUCUUAUUUCUUCUU